AAGAACUGCACGGUGCACGCCAUGGAUUACCGGAAGGAAUUAGACAUACAGUAGUCUAUUUGACGUUUAUAGUCAGUAUUUUGUUCAAAUGCAGCUAAAAUUAGAGCCAGGAUCUUUUUCGGUUGAGUCCCUUCCAUGUAUGGACGGACAUUGGCCUGGAUUUCAAGGAUUGAAAGCUCGGUCAAGAUGAUGAUAAUCAUCGCGGAGUUCUUCGUGGUCAUCUUGAAGGUGCUCUGGGCUUUUGUCACCGCCGGGGCCAAGUGGGUUGUGCGGCCGAAGGAGAAGAGCGUGGCGGGACAGGUGUGCGUGAUCACCGGGGCUGGAAGCGGCCUCGGGCGGCUCUUCGCCAAGGAGUUCGCCCGGAGACGCGCGAUACUGGUGUUAUGGGACAUAAACAGCCAAAGCAACGAGGAAACAGCGGAGAUGGUGCGGCAGAUUUACCACGAACUGGACACUCCCAUUACCAAAGACGGACCUGUUGGAGGUGUAGAGGAGGUCCCUCCUUUCCAGCCACAGGUCUACACUUAUGUGUGCGAUGUGGGAAAGCGGGAGAGUGUGUAUUCCACAGCCGAGAAGGUGCGCCGAGAGGUGGGAGAUGUGGACAUACUUAUCAACAACGCCGGUGUUGUCUCCGGCCAUCAUCUUCUGGAGUGCCCCGAUGAGCUGAUCGAGCGUACCAUGGUAGUCAACUGCCAUGCACACUUUUGGACCACCAAGGCGUUUCUCCCCAAGAUGCUGGAGCUGAAUCACGGUCACAUUGUGACGGUUGCCAGCUCCCUGGGUUUAUUCAGCACAGCUGGAGUGGAGGAUUACUGCGCCAGUAAGUUCGGUGCCAUCGGGUUCCACGAGUCGCUGAGCCAUGAGCUGAAGGCCUCCGAGAAGGAAGGCAUCAACAUGACUCUGGUGUGCCCUUACCUGGUCGACACGGGGAUGUUCAAAGGCUGCAGGAUAAGGAAGGAGAUCGAGCCUUUCCUGCCUCCCCUGAAGCCAGAGUUCUGUGUGAAACAGGCCAUGAGGGCCAUCCUCACUGACCAGCCCAUGAUCUGCACGCCUCGCAUCGUCUAUAUGGUCAACUUCAUGAAAAGCAUCCUGCCCUUUGAGGCCAUCGUUUGCAUGUACCGGUUCCUGGGGGCCGAUAAGUGCAUGUACCCCUUCCUUGCCCAGAGAAAGGAGGCCAUGAACAACAACGAGGCGAAGAACGGGAUCUAGGAGGCGCUGUUUGUAACCGGAACAGAGGCACAUAAAACCUGAGCGCAUGAGGAAACAACCACUGAGGAAGAAAUGGGGUGGGGGAGGAAGAGACGGAAGGAAGGAGACUGAAUCUAGACUGGUGCACUUGCAUUGAGCAAAUGCAAUGGUUUACCAUAUUGUUCCUCUGGGACAAAGAAAGCUGUGUACUACAUAAAAGAUUUAUUUGACUUUGUCUUUUUUUUUAAGUUGAAAGAAACCAACAUGUAUAUUCUGUGUCACUAGUUUUGAAAUCAUACAGAUAAAGGUCUUCAAUAAUUAACUAUUUACCUAAUGUAGUCACCAGCCUUAUCUAGUGUCAUUGUGGAAAUAUACAGUAUGUUACUGUACAAACAGUAAAAAAAAAAAAAAAUUCACUUUUAUUUUAUUUUUGUAGACAUGCACUGUAAUUUCUGAUUUUUCUUCUCUACACUGCCCGCAUUCUCUUUGUAGGGAAGUCCAACUCAGCAUUUCAAAUUUCCCCUUCGUCUCCCCAUGCAGAGGCUCUUUACGUUCAGCUUGUGCCAUACAACAAAGUAACAUUCAAAGUUGACCAUAUUCUGUUGUUACAUACUUCAUUUACAGACAUGUAGCGUAUAUGUUUAUCAUGAAGUCUACACAUUCCCGAUGGGACUUCUGAAGGCCAGAUUGAGGCGGAUGAAAUCUUUCUAGGAGCGUCCGGAGUAAUGAGUUCUCAUCCGUUUAACAGUCCUGUUAUUUCAACAUCUCUAUUGACUGAACUCUGGAAUGAAAGUUACAGAGUGCGUCGAUGUCCUUGGUUUAGCUAGGAUGUGUGACACAUUGAGAAUGUACUGCUUUGGGAGAAACAGAGUAGAAAUUGCAUUUUGAUUUUCCAGAUCUGCAGUGUUUAUAUUGUAAAUUUAUCUGUUAUCAAUAUUAUUUGUUUGAAAAGAAAAAAAAAAAAAAAGACCCAAUGUAGGUGAACCGCUGUCCCAACACUGAUGUUUGGUUGAGGGAAAUGCAUUAAGACACUAGUGCUCCAUUGAUUCCAAAGUAACACUUUAAGUCCUGCCCAUUGUUCACCUUGUCCAGUUAAAGUGAAAUGUAAAUGUUGUAAUGUUGUGAGUACCCCGGUAUCCCAAACUGACUGUCUCCAUUAUAUUUGAUGUAUGAAUAUUUUAUAUACUUUUUUUUUUUUUUUCGGGACGGCAAGAGUUUAUGAAUUUCAACUACAUUCCAACAGGCGUCAUUCGUCCAGUCACAGUGAUGAGCCUAAAUUCUCUACCUCUUAAUUUUUGCCAUUUUUUUUUUUAUUUUGACAGUAUGACAUAAGCCUCUUUUUUUUGUAAUUUUCUGAGCAAAUGUGGUUCCAAUGUUUAGUGUCUCUACCUAACUUAAAUUAAUAAAAGUAAUUUAGAUUAUUAAA